ACAUUUGUCUGUCGUUGCCCCUUCGCCUGAGAAGUGGGAACCUGUCCAAAUCCUGCUGUUCCUGUCGUCUGCUGCAGGGAUGGACGGAGGGGAGGCAUGAGGAGGAGGGGAAGGAGGAGCAAGGAGGCCUGGAUUUGUGUUUUUACAGUUUGGCAGGGGAGCCACAGUAGUGGAGCCACCACUCUGAAUCAAGUGACAUGUGAUAUUUAUAGAUCUGUGCUAACAAAUAUUUAAUGAACAUUAGCAAGCAGCUUGAAGAAGCUGUACUACUCGAACCAAACGCUCCCUGACAGCUUUUGUGUUAUCGGUGAGGAAGGUUUACAAACAAAAGAAAUGCUGUUGAGGACAACUAAUGAGUUAAAUGUAUUUAAACAAAACAACUUCUAUAGAAACAAAGAUAUCCAGAACACAAAAUAAUUCCCAAAUGUGCUUCAGCGCUGAAAUCAUGCCCCCUGAUCAGUGAUUUCAUGAAUGGCAAAGCUGUCUUUUAUACUUUGGCCACAGGGUGGUGCUAAAGCACCGAACAAAAUGUGGGGAUAACGUCAGAGAUUACGUUCUGCUUGGCCCCGCCUCCGUACGCACGCUCUGUUGUUGUGAUUCCAAGUCAUGUUGAAGUUUCGUUUCUUCUCCCCCCGUCCAGAUUAUGGCAUAAACAUCUGAGCAGCGAUGUCUGAAGUCCUGAUGAAGGAGACGGAGAGAAUUUCUAUGAAGCCGGAAGAGCGUCCCGGGGGCGCGCGGAGUUUCCUGCUGGUAGAUGAACAGGAAAACCUGCAGGUCAGAGGCGAAGCUGAGUUUGUGGAAAGACUGAGUUGUUCAGAUGUUGCUGGCGUCAAGGUCCUCUCCAUCUUUGGCAACACGGGCGAUGGCAAAUCCCACACGCUCAACCACAUCCUGUUUGGCGGCAGGACGGUGUUCUACACCUCCAAGUCCCCCAGCUCCUGCACGGUGGGGGUGUGGGCCGCCUAUGACCCCCACCUCAGGUUGAUUGCCCUGGAUACGGAGGGACUGCUGGGGGCAGCGGCCAAUCAGAACCAGAGGAUGCGGCUCUUGCUGAAGGUCUUAGCCGUGUCGGACAUAGUUGUGUAUCGCACGCGCGCAGAGCGCCUCCACAACGACAUGUUCCAGUUCCUGAGCAGUGCAUCGGGGGCCUACCUGAAGCACUUCACCCCUGAGCUGAGGGCGCUGUCCUCCCGCUGUGGUCUGGAUGUGCCGCUGUCUUCUCUUGGACCUGCCGUCAUCGUGUUCCAGGAGACCACGCACACUCAGCUGCUGGGUGAUGACUCCAAGGUGGUGGGCUACGCCGACACGCUGCUGCAGAAGCGCUUCCAUGAGCUGGGUCUGGGGACGGAGGCCUUCAGCUCCGUGCAGUAUGUCGGCACUCAGACCAUCACCCCCCCCACAGACUACAGUGGGCUGCUGGAGGCUGUGAGGCAUCAAGCGGAAAACAGCCACACGCGGUCCCCACGCCAGCCGGCCAUCGUGUUUCAGGCUUUGGAGGCUCUGAGUGAACGAUUCUGUGGAGAGCUCUCCGAUGAAAAGAUGACCCUCUACUCCUUCUUCCCAGACGAGUACUUCACCUGCUCAUCUCUCUGCCUUAGCUGCAGCACUCGCUGUAAGAACGGCAUGAACCACCUGAGGGACCGGGUCCCCCACAUGGCUGAUGGACUCUGUCACUACGCACACCAGUUCAACAACAAGGUCCUCAUCUGUAAGCGCUGCUAUGAAGGAGGCAGGGAGGUGAUCGUGAUCCCCAAGACCUCCGCUUCCACCGAUAACCCCUGGUUUGGGCUGGCCAAAUACGCUUGGUCUGGGUACGUGCUGGAGUGCGGCAGCUGCGGGGUGAUUUACCGCAGUAGACAGUACUGGAUGGGAAACCAGGAUCCUGAAAGCAGUGUGGUGCGGUCCGAAGUCAAGCACGUUUGGGACGGUUCUGACGCCUUUCUGAGCACCCACCAGAACGCCGCGCAGAGGGUCCUGGACGGGAUGAAUUUUGUGAUCCAGUCUGUGUCUGAGUACGGUUCCGGCCCAACCAAAGCUGUCACCGCCUGGCUCACCGACCAGGUGGCUCCCCCAUACUGGAGACCUAACGUAGACAUCACGGCCUGUCAUGGAUGCCAGAAGGUGUUUGAAGAGGCUGAGAGGAAACAUCACUGUCGGUCAUGUGGGGAGGGUUUCUGCCACCCCUGUUCCAGCCACAGGAUGCCAGUGCCUGAGAGGGGCUGGGGGAGCACUGCCGUAAGAGUGUGCAAGGACUGCUACCGGCAAGGGGGGCCACCGGACUCCAGCAGCACAGUCUGUAAGGUGGAGCCUCGUGGUCUCAUUGCUCGGAAGGUGACCGAGGCGGCCCAGUCUACUCUGGACCUGGUAUCCACAGCUGUGGACUACCCUCUAUGCUUCGUGAAGGAUGUGGCCCGACCCGACUACUGGGUCCCAGACCAGAGCAUCACCCAGUGCCAUCAGUGCUCCAAAACCUUCACCGCAGCCAUGUCCAAGCACCACUGCCGGGCCUGUGGGCAGGGCGUGUGCGGCCCCUGCUCCACCCAUGCCAGACCUGUCCCAUCUCGAGGGUGGGACCACCCGGUCAGGGUCUGCGACAGCUGCCACGCCCGCUCAGACAGUCUGUAACCGUCAUUGCUGGAAAAUGUGGGUUCUCAGCAGACGAUCAUCUGAGCUGUGGGUUCCAGUGUGGAAGGACCGGCCUCAUCCUGCUGAAGGGAAGCGGUCUGCUCUACAGCUUGUUAACCAGCAGAGCCCAUCUCACGUUUUUAUUACAGAACCAUCUCUAAAUAUCUGGAAUGGACUGCUCCAUUCUCACACACAUGCAGAGGAGGUGGAUACAGCAGGACCUUCAAUGCCCUCUUAGACUCUAACAUGUUUCCUUACGUCGCUCUUUUGCACAGCCGUGAAAAAACACACUGCUCUUCAUCCCGGCUUCAAAACAUUGGAGAAUCCUUCAGGCUCCUCCUGUGAGGGAGAAGAAGCUGGAAGAAUGCAGCAGAAUGUGCCUUAAUAGUAGUUUCUUAUUAUGUUUAUGUAGCCUGGACAGGGAUUUCCUUUGAAUCUUUGCACAAUAGAGAUGCUCAUUAGAUUCUGGUGUCAUGAAAGGCUCGGUAUCAAACCUGCAGGCCUUUGAGCAGAACCCUGACAUGGUUUGGAGAACAGUAUCCAGGACAUUCCAGUCAACUUUGGAUCAUAAUCACUUUAGGCGUUUCUGAUUAUUGAUAUUAUGUUGGAGGAAAUUCUGUUUCCAUCAAAGUGACAAUCUUCUUUUUAAUCAAUAAAAGUGAUAGACUGAAGUAAAGUUGAACAAUAAA